CACGUCGUGCUGUCGACCGCCGUCAUACCCAGCCCGAAGUUGCGACUGCAACGUUCGAAGUCGACCGGACCGCAACACCGAAAUAAUAAUAUACCUAUACGGUACGAGUCGGUUAUUCAUAGGAAAUCAUAGGUAGGUACCUACUUAAUUAUAAUACCGUAUAGUCGUUGCGGUGCCUGCAAGUCGGAGAUAUAUCGAACGAUUUUUAUUCGGGAAGAAAACCCGCUUACACGAGACGACGUCGUCAUCAUGACUGCCGAGCCGCUGUUCUACGUAGCGAUGGCGGCCGCGUGCUGUGCGAUGACUUCGGGCAGGCCGUCGCCGUCGUCGGCGACGCCGCUUCCGUUCGCCCCGCCGACGGAAGUAGUGUCGACCGCGUCGGAAGCGCCCGCCGGAUACGACUUUGGCCAUCCUCGCGUCGACGUUGCCCAUCAGCAUCAGUCGUCAUCGUCCGACCUCGUCGACCACGACUUCGGCUAUCGCGUCAACCAACUGCAGCAGCCGUCCGAACACGACGACGAUCGCUUCGAUCACCUGCAGCACGUAGACGAAACGCCGUCAGUCGGCUCGUCUUAUCGCUUCGCGUACGCGGUGGCAGACCCGCUGACCGGAGACGUGAAGAGCCAGAACGAAGUGAGCGACGGCCGCGGAACGGUCAGGGGCACGUACAGCCUGGUCGAACCGGACGGGUCCACCCGGGUGGUGGAGUACUCGGCCGACGACGAGCACGGGUUCAACGCCGAAGUGAAGAGGAUCGGACCGCAGCACAGGUACGCUGCGAAGUCCGCCGACUCGUCCGACUUGGGAUUCGGCCGACACGUUCGCGGCGGCGGCGGCGACACGUCGGUGGAGAUAAUACGGUCCACCGACCAACAAAACAUGCACUUUUACCUACCCGAACAGUACGUCAUCACGUCAGUGAGACGAUGAUUUUUUUCUCGUUUUCAGUUUUCGACCCCUAGGAAGUAAAGUGCCGUGACCGUGUUGUAUACCUAUAUUCAUAAUAUGUAUAGCGGAAAAUGAAAUAUUAUUAAUACACGACAAUAUUAUGACCGACUUAGAGCUCGGCGCAGGUUUUAUUUUAGUUUCUAUAGUUUUAUAUACGUAUACGACACGAAUCGCUAGUACUCUGAAUUAAAUUGGGUAGAAAACUUAGCGACGAGACUUAAAUACUUAUUUAUUUUAUUUUAUUUUAAACUAAGCAUGUGCAAUUCCUCCUAAAUAAUACCAUCACCACGUUCUAUGGUAACAUAAUGCGUAGCCAUAAACAUUUUUUCUUUUAUCGUCAAUUAUGAUGAUAAUAGGUAGGUAAUAAUGAAAUUGCGUGCCUACUUAUCUAAAUUUUUAUUGAUAUACGAGUACGUUUAUAUAUUAUUAUCGAUUUGAGUUAUACAUUUUUAAAAAAUAAUACAUUAGGUAGGUAGGUAAUCAUCGAAAAAAACUGUUUAAAAAUAUGACAUCUUAUGCUAUUAUUGUAGUUACAAGUAUAUAGGUAUUGUAUGAAUUGUUUAUUUUUCAGUUGUUUUUGUUAAUAAAACGCUUAUUAUUUUAGCUACCUA